AUGUCCCUGCCUCAGGGUGAGAAAGUCCAGGCCAUGUGUAUCAGGAUCAGUGUUGGUGGAGAAGGACUGUGCUGCAAGAUCCGUACCAUGGACAGUGAGCCCAAGUGUGUGAAAGAGUUGCCUGAGUGGAAUUUUGAUGGCUCUAGUACUUUACAGUCUGAAAGCUCCAACAGUGACGUGUAUCUUAUGCCUGCUGCCGUGUUUCAGGACCCUUUCCACAAGGACCAUAACAAGCUGGUCUUCUGUGAAGUUUUCAAGUACAGUUGAAAGCCUGCAGAGACCAAUUUGAGGCACAUCUGUAAAUGGAUA